AUGGCCGUAAACCCAAAUGAAGAUACUGAAUUCAACGACGCCCUCCGGAAGUAUGGUAUCAUCCCUCCUCGCGAGCCAACACCUCCGAGCCCAUCACCGCCUCCGUCUCCGACUCUCGACGAUGUCCUAAACGAAUUCACAUCGAAGGAGCUCUUGGAGCUCGCAGAAGACUCGAAGGACGACCAGACUGAGCGUUUUAUUGCGCAGCACCGCCAACAACGGCUCGCAGAAGAGAGGCGAGAGCAAAAGCGAGCUCGAUUUGGCCGAGUUUAUCCUAUCGGACGAGACGAUUACACCCGUGAGGUGACAGAGGCAAGCAAAGUGGACGAGGAGGACGAUGACGACGAGAAGGGAACGGCAGUAGUGUGCUUCUUGUAUAAAGACGGCCUUCCCAGGAGUGAUCUUGCCUCCCGGCAUAUUAAUGCGCUUGCGCAGCGAUAUUCGCGCACUAAGUUUAUCUCUAUCGUCGGCGACAGGUGCAUACCCAACCUGCCUGACGCCCGAGUGCCCAUGAUCAUCGUCUAUCGCAAAGGCGAGGUCAAGAACCAAGUUAUGGGAUGGGGAUCUGACAAAGAACGACGGAUAGAAGAGCUCGAGGCUUGGCUCCUGGUAACAGGAGCCCUUGAUCUUCCGGACAGGCCAGGUCCGAAGCGCACAGGCGGAUCAGAUAAUGAGGACUUAGAGGAUGACCUCUCGGACGAUCCAUCAUCCAGGAUGCGUUCAUCUUCUGCGUUCACCAACGCGCGUCCGCAGAAGAAUAUCAGGUCAUCUCAGAAGAAGAACGACUCGGACUCGGAUUUUGAAUUCGACAUGUAG